AUGUCAACGUUUUACGAUUCUGUUGAAUCUGUUCGGGAUCAUUUAUCAAUUAUACCAUUGGAGGAGGAGGGUGAGCCCGCUGUCCAGUACGAACAACCUUUGGUUGAGGAUGCCGAAAUUGAUACAAGGUGGAGUUUGGUUGGCCGGUUCUUAACAGAGGCUCCGAUUGACUUUAUGGCAAUGCAGAAUCUAAUGGCUGUUCUUUGGAAACCAGGGAUGGGUAUGUAUGUGAAGGAUUUGGGAGAGAAUAAGUUUAUUUUUCAAUUCUAUCAUGAGAUAGAUAUUCAGAGGGUUGUUGAUAGAAGCCCUUGGACAUUCAAAAACACACCACUGAUCUUUGAGAGAUUAAAACCAGGAGACGUUCCAAGAGCCGUGCGAUUGAAUCACUUGGAAAUCUGGGUGCAACUACAUGAUGUUCAGUCGGGUUUUAAAACGGAAAAAAUGGUGACGGAUGCUGGAAACUACAUCGGCAGCUUUGUGAAAUCUGAUGAGAAAAAUUUUAAUGGUGUAUGGCGUGAUUAUUUGCGGGUGCGGGUCCGAAUCGAUAUCGAGAAACCAUUGAAGAGGCGAAUGAAGCUGCAACAAAUCGGUGGCGACUGGUUUUGGAUCAAUUUUAGGUACGAGUUUGUGCCUACCUUUUGCUUUAUAUGUGGUAUAAUCGGUCAUACAGAGAAUUAUUGCUCUCGUUUGUUCAUUCAACCUGCUUCCACCAUUGUUAAACCAUACGGUACUUUUAUGAAAGCUGUACCAAGAAAAACUCAGUAUGCUAUGGGGGCAAAGUGGUUAAGAUCGGGCUCUUCAAGUUCUGGUGGGCAUGGAGGUUCGGUGGCGGCUGGAGGCGGUAGCGUUGGGAGGGAGUCGUUCCAGGGAAAUCACGGAUUUCAUGGAAUAUCUAUCCCUGGUUUUUCGGCUACAGAGGUGGGUGGAGAUAUGAUUGAUGAUAAUGGGAGAAAUUUGGGGAAGCAAUCGGGUGAAUUGGCUGGGAGUAAGGAGGGAGAUAUUUAUGGUAAUAUUGUGGCUAGACAGGUGGAAUCCAUUUCAAAUUUGGAUGAGGAGGGUUUGCUUUUCAUGGAUAAUAAAAGAAAGAGAUUGGGUAAGGAAGUGGACAUUGGGCCGAGUGGGCCUAAAGAAGGUUUGGAUAUGGACAUAGGGCUUGAUUCAAAUACUCACUCAAAAAACGUUAUAAUGGCGAGCUCAACGGACCGGGCUCGCCAAUCAUUAUGA